AUGUAUUCCUGCAGCCGAAGCCCGCCCCACUACAUGGACUCGGCGCUGCCGGCGGAGGAGGCGUUUCCGCCGCUGGAGGACGACGCAGGCUUGCGUUCCCUCUCGGCUGCCUCCGCCGUGGCGCGCGAGAGGACGUCGCUCGCCUCCUCCCCGCCGCUCUUUGCGCCUGACGAGGCGGGGGACGGUGAUUCCCCGAGCAUGUUAGCGGUCCCCGCCAUCGACACCCUCGCGAUACGGCGGCGGCGGCGGCGGACGAAGGAAAGCACGGAGCUCGGCUCCGACAGCGCGGAGCGAAGUCCAACGACGCCCAGCAGCCAGUCCCCCGCCGCGGUGAACCCGCGGCGCUCGCUGAACCCCGCCUUUUCCCUCAGCCCUCGCGCAUCCAGCGGGAGCGGCAUGCCGCACGUCACCUCCGUCACGCCGAGUGUGACUUUGAGCACAGACCGGGAUAAGCCUCCGGUGGAGUACAGCUACGCCCUGGGCACGGUGGAGGGUCGUCGCAACUUCGUCGCCGACGUGUUGCGCCUCACAAAGCAAAUGAGCACGAAGAAGCUUGUAGAGGAGCUCGUUCCUGUCUUGUUGCUGGCUGCCAACUACGAGGAUUCUGUCUGUGCGGUUGCCCGUGUACUGCCGGGUGUGGUGAAACUGGUGCCGGGACUGAGCGAAGAUUCAUUCAUGUACUUUUUAGGACUUAUCAUGAAUUUGUGCUGCGCCGCUGAUCACGUCGUCGUGCGUGUGGUGGCGGCGUCGUUGCAGGAAGUUGUGCGGUACGUGAGUGACGACAUCGCCGUGAACCUGCUGCUCCCUCUCCUAAUGUCUAUGGUCGUCUCCUACUGGAGCUCCCCGAGAGCCGUGGCCGCGGCGCUGCUAGGCGUCUUUGCCGCCCGCCCGACUCUUGUGGAGGAGAGCGGCAUGACAUUGAUGCAGUGGUUUAACUGCUUCAUUGACCUCUCCAGUGACAGGUGUCAGUUUGUGCAGGAGAUGGUGGUAAGCUCGCUGCAUCUGUGGGUGGCUGUGGCGGAGGCCCACGGCGUGAAUCUUGCCGAAAUGCCACUCCCGUUAGUGCAUGAGUGCAUGCGCGAAGAGAAGAGUGACGCAGUGCGUCACUUGCACGUCGCCGAACUUGUCACUCUCGCGGAGUGCAUAGGAAAGGAGGCCACGACGAAGUACCUGCAGUUGCCGUUUAUCGAGGCAAGUAGAGACGCCAGCUGGCGUGUGCGAUACAUCGCCGCCAGGCAUCUCGGAGACUUUUCCUGCCGCUGCGUGCACCCGGAGUCCCUGUUAGUCGUCUUUGUCGCUCUCUGCGGGGACGCGAUGGACGAGAUCCGCGCCGCCGCCGUGGAACAGCUCGGUGUGUUCUUUCACCACGUGGGCUCACCGGAGGUGCUGGGGAAAAUGUGUGCGGUGGUGGCAUCGCUCGCAGAAGACAAUGCGGCCAUCGUGCGGGCGAGCGUGGCAAACUUUUUCUACGUCCUGCUAUCCCCCAGCACCGUUGUGGUGUACACGCCGGAGCAGCGGCACGCCCUCUUCGCCCUGCUGACCGACGAGAACUACAUCGUGGGGCGCAGUGCGAUGCGGAACCUGGAGCUCGUCGCGGCGAACCUCGGCAGGUAUCUUAACCCCGCCGGAAGCGACGGUGAAUGGAGGGCUGCGGGCAGGCACUCGCCCGCGUCGGGCAACAGUCGUCAAGGCAGACGCAGUGGGAGCGCCAUGAGCAGCCCCCCUUCUGCUCGGGCAGAGACCGGUGCUCCCGCAGCGUCGUUGGCGGGGGUGCCAGUCGACGAGGCGCAGCGCGAGCGCGCCGCCGUCGUCCUGUCAGGGCUCCUGGAUCAGCUUCACAUAGUUAGCGAUUCGAGGAACUGGCGCACGCGUGAGGCGCUGGUCGUUGCGCUUCGCCACUUUUGCGUCGCCCUCAGCGAAGAGGGAUUCACUCCGCUUGUGUACAUCAUUCGUUCGAUGCUUCGCGACCCUGUCUGCGCCGUGCGGGAGAGCGCGAUUGCGACGCUGUCAGCGGUGGCAGCCGCCUACGGCCCCGAGUGGGCCGCCCUCAUGGCGUUUGACCUCCUGCAGAAGGAAUUCGCGUUCCGGGCUCGCACGCCGUACAUCUGGAGGGUGGUGGCGAUCCAAUCCCUUUCGGGCAUCCUCCCAGUGGUGAGUGGCCUCUCGCCGAUGGAUCUGCGCCGCCAGGAGCUCAUGCAGCAGUGGAUGCGACUGGUGCGGUGCUUCUCCGAGGACGCCGUCUCGAACGUGCGCCUGGCGGUCGCGAAGUCGUUUCUGGCGCACUGGGGCUGGUACGCGGAGUGCGGCACCCAGCGCGAGCUCGUCCGCGAGUGCGCCGAGCGCCUGCAGUCCGACAAUGACGUGGGGGUUGCGCGUGUCGCGGCGGAGCUCGACUUGAGCAGGCUGGCCGGCAACGGCAGCCCUUUCUAG